AUGUACUUUAGUAAUUAAUAAAAUUUAUUAUUGAAUUGCGUCCUUCAAUUUUACUAAAAACAUGUACGAUGUUGAAAAUUGUGUGAACGUUGUUAAUUCAAUGACAACAGAUGAUAUCACACAAAUAAUAUAAGGUAUAUGAUAGUUUAAGUUGUUCAUUAAUCUUCUCAAAUUUUAGGCACAUAUUGUAUGGGAACUAUAGCUUUCGCAUCAAGUAUAUUAACUCCGAUAAUGAUGGAUUUCGUAAAACCUCGGAACGAAUCUCGAACUCGUUUAAUUAAGUAUUUCAUGGAGUUCUCUCACGAGCAAACAAUAUACGUCGAUAUCUUAUCUUUUGGUUGUAUAUUCAUUUUUACAAUUGGAUUCUUGUCUACCACCAGUACAGAAUCGAUGCUCAAUAUUAUGGCUUAUUACUUAUCCGGAUUAUUCAAAAUUACUAGAGUGAAUGCAUUAUCAAACUGUAGAUUUUUAUGCACCCAUGAAAAAUUAUGGUGGAAAAAUGCACACAAUGCAGAAAGUGCAAGGAAAUAUGUGCAACUAGACUAUAAUUCUCCUUACAUU